AUGGGGACCGCUCUCCCUUGGGCGGAAGAAGUUAAAUGCUUGCACUCAAAACCUAGGAAACAAGCAAAGCAAAUACGGUCACCCUGCACGCUCCCAGCCCCAGCUCUCCCAGUCCCAGAGCUGGGAAGGUGGGAGGAGAGAGGCCGCGCCUGGAGGAGGCUGGUUAUCUUGGAGAACUUGGGCGAGGCCGAGGGGGCCGAGAGCUCCGCACGCAUCGGGGCGCAGCGGGGGCUGCGGGAGCGUGGGGCUGAUCUCCACCGAGGUCUGGGUUUCUUCUCUCGGCAACGACCUCCCAGCCCCUUGGAUUCCGAGUGUCAGCAUGAGAAUUCCGGAACCACAGUAGUCUACCCACCUCGAUUUAAGAACCAGGAAACCGAGGGCAGGGGCCGUUCCGGGAAGCCAGCCUUCCGGAAGCCGCGCAGUGGCUGUGGCUGCGCCAAGGGCGCAGUGCGCGGGCCAGGCCCUGCAGGCGGCCGCCCAGCGGGAGAGCUAGCGCAGGGCGCGCCCUUUCGUGCUAAACGCUUCCAGGCGCUGCGCUGCAGGAACAAGACACUCCUCCAAGUGCCCAGUCAAGAGUCAGUGUGGGAGCUGGUGGCCUGGCCCAAGUCCUCCAGCAAGCAGGCACCAUGGUGGGAAGACAUGUAUUUCUCUUUGCCCCGCCUCCCUGGGACAUGCCUCUGUGAGUACAGCCCGAGGACAAAGGUGAUGGCCCACUCUGGGCCCAACCUAGUCUCCAGGUCCACCCUUCAAGCUUUUCCCUCCUUGCCAUCUAAAGAGGAUCUCAUCUCUUUGGGGGACCAGCCUCAGAUGAAGCCUCAAUCAGCUUCUCACAAGAAGACCCCCAAGGUAGAGCCAAGGCUUCCAACUAAGACCAGGUCUCAGCCUUCCCACAAGGGGUCCAGUGCCUCCCAGUCCUUGCAACAACUGGUCCCGAUGGCAGUUUGGCCUUCGAUUAUUAUCAACCCCCCUGCCAAGAGCUUGCCUCUCAAGGGCAGACACCUACCCUCUGCCACGGAGGUUUCUCACUCUCCGGCUGCCAUCCCCUUACCCUACAUUUUUCCAAAAUAAAUAUUUUUG